CCCUAUCUAGCGCGCUCACGUGGAUCGGAGGAGGAGGCGUUUCGGGUUCAUGUGGCGCUCAUCUCAAUCGUACGCAACUAGAGCGAGAUCUUUCAUAGAAGAACAAGAAGAAGAAGAAGAAGAGGAGGGGAGUGAGGAUUAACGGGUCAUCGACGCCGCUCGGAUCAAGCUAGACUGAACUCUGUCCCGCCCGGACACGACAGGUAGAGCAGCAGGCUGCUUAGUGAGGGCGCUGUCUUUAGGGCUCUCACAUACAAUAAGGACCACCUGCCCCAGGGACCGACUAGACUCUAUCGGAGACUAGGAGGUCAGUCUUGGGGGUCAGGCGCAGGUUGGAAGACGCAGCGUUCAUCAACCGACAUCAACCGACAUGAACCCCAACCAAUCUCCUUUCAAUGCUCAUCCAUCGCUGUCCUCCUCAGCUGGUCCUUCACGCUUUACACAGGCCGACUUGCAACAUCCGCAUGGGGAUGCCGACUUGCAGUCCCAUGUUUCAGGGGCGUCGUCAUCAUCAUCUUCUCAUGGAUACUAUGUCAACCCCAUGGCUUCCGGCAGCGCUGAAUCUCUCGAUACUCUGUACACCAUCACACAGAGCACCUAUGGGGCUCCAGUCCCUCCAGCCAGGACAUCGUCCUUGGCGAUGAGAGGGAAGCAGAGUCAAUCCUCGAUGGACGCGGGAAACUUGCCAAGUGUUCAGGUGACACACCCAACCCCAACAAAGUCGCGACGUCUGAGGAGAAGGACAGCGACAGCUGUUGGGCUGGAAUCAGAGAUCGAGACUUUGGAGGCACAGGCUGCUGCGUGGUCUGAAGAUUCUCCAACGAGGCGAAGCGGCGCCCAAAUAGAUACGAGCGCGGUGGGUCAGCAGCGUCCAAGCUCGAGCGGACCAGGAUAUGGCGGUGAGGGCAUGAAUCUGGCCAGUAUGAACCCCCAUGAGAGAGGGCGGAUACGACCCGAUGACGAUGACGGGGAGGAAGACGAAGAUGAAGACGAGGGUCCAAGUGAGACGGACCGUCGAAAGGCUGUGGAGGAAGCACGCAGAGUACGAGCGAGAGAAAAGGGCAGGGAGAGACAGAGGAGGAAGAGGGAGAGAGACAAGAAGGCUAAAGAGACGGCUCGAUUGACCGGAACUUCUGUCCCACCAACAGGACCUCCCGCUACUGCUCUCAUGACGGCCACUCGACUGCCUAUCCACGCGCGCAAUGCCAAAGUCGCAAUGCCUACCACUCCCAUCGGCCAGUCACCAAACGUCGCUCAACCUUAUCCCUUCUCCAUGUCUGUACCUUCCUCAUCAUCGUCAUCAUACUCCCCCCUACCUCAAGCCCCUGGAGGAUUCUACAGUGGUCUGUCACCAAGUACCACGACUUCUUUCGCAUCCAUGUCCAUGUCUGGACAGUCGUCACCGAACACAUUGUUUUCACCCUCAGCUUCCACGCCUAGUAUGGGCCAGCAGGAGGCCGGCGGAUCAUCGACCAACUGGCCGCCUCAUGAUGGGGUCCUGGUCAUGGAUACGGAAAACAGGAGCAAGCAACAAAUCGGUAAAACAGAUCGGACAUCCAGCCAGGGUCCGCAAUCCAAUCAGAAUCCGGCAGCCGUAGUCUCGUUACAGAGCAUGUCACACAAACCAUCCAAGAGGCGCAAAUCCGAACCCGAACCGGAAGAGUAUCGAGAUCUGAAAGCGCUCCCAGCUGGUCAAGUGGGUCUAGGAGUACUCAUCGACGAAUCCUCAUGGCAGGGAUCCGCUUCGACGUCUGGUCUGGCCGCUCCAACGACGAACAGGCCAAGAUAUCGCAGGACUCAUUCUGAGGGAGCUACGAAACCUUUGUCUGCUCUUGCCACGGACCCUGUCCCCAGGACCAAAUCCUCGACACCUCCGCCUCUUUCUGCCCUAGGCUCUGGUUAUUUUUCUCCUGGGGAGCCUACUCAGGCUGGUGCUUUCUUCGCGACCACCGUCACGGUAGCCUUGUCCUUGUCCGGUCUAGGAGCGACGCUUGAAGCACGACUGGGACUGGACGAGGCUGGUCUUCAGGAGAUCAAAGACGACUUGGCAGGAGUCUUUGAUCGCUGGCGGAUAUCAAAAGGCCUUAGAGCAGUAUCACUCAGUGGACCUUCGGGAAGUGCUCAGAUGGAAUCGAGUGGCUCGACCAUGACUGCCGUGACGGCCCUGGGCGUCGAUGAUCUAGAGAUGAGAGACGAUUCCGUGAUCAACACGAACACCGGCUCCAUUAAUAUCGCCGAAUCGCCGAUCAGGCCUCACACGGCCCAUGUGGACAGCUCAUUCUUCACACCUGCGCCGAUGCGCACAACACGUACAGAGAUCAAUGUGCCACAGACCAUGCCAAAUUUCGCAGUCCCUCAGAUGAGCAAUUCGCAGUAUCUCCAGCCUCACGAGUCUCCGUUGGCCCAGCAGCGUAGUACAAGCUCUCAUGGGAGUCAAUCGAGUCAACAUGUUCGGACGAGAUCACUUUCAUCAGCCUCCAUGGCGGCUCGGGGACUCAUCAUCAGCUCUGCGGCGGCUCAAACUCCUCCCAGACCCCCGGCAAUGCUUGGUCAACCUCCUCUCAGAUGGACCAGGAAUCCUGGACUACAAGACAUUGUUAUACAUGGUCAUGGAUCGGGAUCUGAAGGUCCCAGCACAAGUCCGACACUCCAGACACCGUCCACGGGGGAAGGGUCCUUCCCAUCUGCCGAGUCGAUAGGCAUGGUGGCUGCCAUGAACUACCAGGCUCAGGGACAGGCUCCAUCCGGGGAUGGCCCUAUGCUACACGCUCAAAGGUUGCCGGAAUCGUGGCAGAUCACAGGUGACCCUCAUCGUGCACGAACCUUUAUGACGCAUCAAGAAGGCAUGGAUCAGACGGUGAAUCUCCCCCGUACCGGUAUGGAUCUCGGUAUGCUUCCUGGACAAGUCGACAUGGGCUCAUCUCAUAGUACUGAUCUGCAUGUCGAGAUGAUCCGUGGCGGUGGUGGCAGUGAAGGUAGCUCGACGACCGACACCAGCACCACUGGCGCUGAUUGGGGAUCUAAGACAUCAGGACCUCUCGACAGUCCAUUGACCAUUGCGUCAAUGAGCAGGUCAGGAUCAUCUCACAUGGCCGCCCCGGUCCCGUUGUCCAGCAUGCCGAGGAUGUAUCAGUCGCAGCAACACGGCCCUUCCUCUCAACCUCGCCAACCUGAUUACUCUCAAAGGCACUCGCCGACUCCAUUUGCCUAUCAUCCACCUCCCGGACCUUCUUUCGUGCCUCUGUCUGAACCCAUCAUGGAUCCGUCGUAUAGCACGCCCCAAUCUCAACGCACAAUUAGGCAGGCCGUGCCUUUCACUCCGCCCACACCAGUCACGAUUCGAAGCCAAGCGCUUGGACCGAUGCUCUCAGAUCACAGUAACAUGCAACAGGCUCACGGGAUGCAAGGCGGCCCUAUGUACAUCCCUCAGGGUCAUUAUGAAACGGACAAUCAUAGGAUGAACGAUUCACACACUCAACAAUCAUCUCAGCAUCACCAUAAUGAAGAUCAACGAAUGAAUUAGGACAGGGCAGUUCCUGUCGUUGACGUUGUAAGCAUCGUGCAUGUCAUUGGACAGACAUCUACAG